AUGAAGGAAGAUUUGACUGGCGAAAAUUCUAUAGAUGAUUUUGGCACCAUUUUCAGUAAUUGGAUGAUAGACUCAUCAGAGCUACUUGCUUACAAAGAAGAUUUAUAUGAAUAUACUGAGCCUGAUUAUGACAUAAAUUACGAUUUUCGUAACUUCGAAGUGCUCGACACACCCAAAGAAUCUAAGAUAGAAAUGCCUGUGCUACAGCAAGUUGGAAGUUCAGAAAUAUUUUUGACAAAUCAAUCAGGGUGUGUUCACAAUACUCCGUUUUGUGAUGAAUCAUGCUUGUUUCUAAAAACUCCGUUAUGCAACGAUAAUUAUGAACAAGUUAUUAAUUGUGAGAAUAUGUUCUCGCCCGACUUAAAUUUUAUUGACGAAUUCACUUUAGAUCCAGUUACAGAUAGUAUUUACAACAUACACGAAACUAUGAACAUUGACGAGUUAAAUGUUGAUGGCAAAUUGCCGCAGUUGUCUCAAAUCGCUGUGAAGAAAGAUGACGAGGAAAAAACUUUCCAAUGUACCUACAAAUCUUGCAACAAAUGGUAUGCAAAAUCUUCGCACUUGAAGGCUCAUUUGAGAAGACAUACUGGUGAGAAGCCGUUCCGGUGUACCUGGCCAGGUUGCUGUUGGAGGUUCUCGAGAUCAGAUGAAUUAUCACGACACCGAAGAUCGCAUUUCGGGAUUAAGCCAUACAACUGCUGCUACUGCCCAAAAGCCUUCUCCAGGUCAGAUCAUCUUGCAAAACACAAAAAAGUGCACGAACGCCGAAUGGGACAAUACUCGAAAAUCGGAAAUUGCAAGGCAGCACUUAAAAUCAAUUGA